UUUCAUUUUCAUCAGCGCAUCCCUCUUCUCUUUCUCUUCUUCAUUUCUCCAAUAUCACAUACACACACACACACACACACACACACACUCUUCACAAGAAAUUCAUACUUCAAUCUUCUCUGAUUAUUUUCACAAGAUUUUCUCAAUUCUCUCAUCUUUCUCAAACACACUCUCACACUACACAGUUUUUUUAAGUUUCUUGAUCACAUAAUAUUCUAUACACAUUCAUAUAUGUAUAUGGGCUCCAUCAUGAGACAAUAUGAUCAGCACACAGUUCCCAGUGCUCUUCCAAGAACCAGCAGCUGCAAGAGCACCAGCAAGAUCAUUCCAGCCAACUAUAUAAGAUCCACCUCUGCCAUCAACCCCCCGCCGGAGCCCCUCGAUGGAUUCGAUCGUCCCCUCGUCCGCCUUGCCUCCGAUUCCCGCCUUACGAGAACCAGAAGCGGCGGCCUCUCCACCUUCCUCCGAUCACUCCUUUCAAUUUUCACCUUCCCCUCCAUCCUCCCCACAUGCAGAUGGCUCAGCAUUCCCACGCAACUCUCCAUCACCCCCUCGCUCGGACGGAAAGUCACCGGGACCCUCUUCGGCCACCGGCGCGGCCACGUCAGCUUCGCCGUGCAGGACGACCCGCGAUCAGAACCCGUUUUGAUCAUAGAACUCGCGGUGUCAACCUCCGCCCUGGUGAAAGAAAUGUCUUCUGGUCUGGUGAGGAUCGCCCUGGAGUGCGAGAAGACGCACCAGCCUCGUGGGACGGCGGUGCGGUUGUUCGGAGAGCCGGCGUGGACGAUGUACUGCAACGGGAGGAAGUGCGGGUACGCGGUGUCGAGAAGUUGCAGUGAAUCGGACUGGCAGGUGCUGAGGACGGUGCAGAGCGUGUCGGUGGGGGCGGGGGUGAUUCCGUUGGUGGAUGAUGGGCGGGGAGCGGCGGAGGGGGAGUUGCUUUACAUGAGGGCCCGGUUCGAGAGGGUGGUGGGGAGCCGUGACUCGGAGGCGUUCUACAUGUUGAACCCGGAUGGAAAUGGAGGUCCCGAACUCAGUAUUUUCUUGCUUCGAAUUUGAUUAUAUAUUACUUAAUUAUAUAUAUGCUGAUUUUGAAAUUUGGGAGAUUUAAUACAUAGAGAUGUAUGUAUGAUAACAUUAAAAUUUGGCAAGUGAUGCAACUUUUACUUGUAUUUUAUACUUUGGCAAAAUUACAUUUUUUGUCUUUGUUAGAA